GACCAAUCAGAGACGGUUAUUGAUGGAAGUGACACACUCCCGCCAAUUCCGACUGAGGAGCGCGAGGCAGGCAGCGGGGAACACCGAGGAGUAUGUAGGAGCUGAGGAAGACAUUUUAAGUUAUGUUUAAAGUUAAAUAAAUGUUAUUUGAAGUCUAGCGUCAUAUUUGGUUGCUCAUUGGGGGACAUAUCCGACUCCGUAAAGCAAACCUUACCGUUGUUUUGCUGGUGAGAAUCUUACCGGCUGAGUGUUUGGGAUGUUGGCGGCGGAGAACCCUCCUGUGGACGGACACUUAGCUGCAUCGACUCCCCGGAGAAGAGGCAUGGAUUGUAAGUCGAGUAACAAUGCCAACAAGAAACUCAUUCAAGCUCGUCUUCCAUUCAAACGUCUGAAUCCUGAACCUAAAGAAAAUCAGCCGCCUAAACGCCCCUGUGCGAAUGUCUGCCCUGAAGGAGAAACGCUGGACAGGGAGAAUGAGAAUGACUCCUCUGCGCUCCCCGUACUCAGCAAACAACCCUUGGUGAAUGGCCGUGGGCCCCUUGAUGGCUUCCUCAGCCGUAGGCGCCCUGCAUGCUCUGAUGAGAACAUGGUAAUAGAUCUCACUGAGGACAAGAGUCAAUCUCCCAAAAAGCGCCUUGUUUCACCUGCUCCUGCCUCUCCCUGCCUCCCAACUAAGGACAAAGACAAAACUGCCUCUUCAGGGAAAUCCAGCAUUGUUGAUCAAACCCCUAAAACACAAACUUUAGACUGCACAGUAGACAGUGAUGAGGAGGAGGAGGAGGAGGAGGAAGAAGAAGAAGAGGCAGAGGAAGAGGAAGAGGAAGAAGAUGGGGAUCAGACAGCAUCUGUGUCUCAGCUUGACCUAACACAGGAUUCUGACAGCGAGCCAGAGGAUCAAGAUGAGUCAGGAAAUGUUUCCAGUUUAGGAAACAGGUCCACGCUGUCUGCGUCAUCAGUCAGCUCCUCAUCUGAAAGCUCACCAGAGGAGUCCAAGACUGAUGACCCGACACCCACUUCUACACCUGCAGAGCCAAAAAGGACUCCGAAGAUAUCAGCUGAUGAGAAAAAGAUCAAGAGACGCUCUUUGAAGACUUCACAAGAACAAGACGAUAAGCUUCGGCAGCGACAGGAAAAAGAGCGCCAGAAAGAAGAGGCUAAAGCUGCAAAGGAGAAAAAGAAAGAAGAGGCUCGAAAGCUGAAAGAGGAGCGACAAAAGGAAAAACAAGAGAAGAAAGAAAAAGAGGAGCGAGAGAAACGAGAAAAGAAAGAGAAGGAGGAUAAAGAAAAAGCUGAGAGGUUAAAAGUAAAAGAGGAGCAACGUAAAUCAAAGCUUGAGGCAAAGCUUGAAGAAAAACGCAAGAAAGAAGAGGAGAAGAAACAGAAGGAGGAGGAGAAACGGAUGAAAGAGGAGAAGGAUCGCCUCAAAGCUGAGAAAGCCGAAAUCACACGGUUUCUUCAGAAACCCAAGAUCCAACAGGCUCCAAAGACCCUUGCAGCAGCAUGUGGAAAGUUUGCACCUUUUGAGAUCAAGGAAAACGUGUACCUGGCACCAUUGUGCAGGGUUCACUGUGACGAAUCUGCCCUGGAGGACCUGGAUCGGUGUUUGUUGAACCCCGAUGACAACGUGUAUGGAAUAAAAGACUGGAUCGAACAAAAGCCCCGCUCGACAGGACCCACCAAUCCCAGACAGCCUGAAGCCUCCAGUGAUUGUGUAACAGUGGAAGGCCCCAAACCUGACGGUGUACCGGAUCGUAAACGCUAUGGACCGAUGAAGCUGCUUCAGUUCCAUGCAAACUACCGUCCAGCCUACUGGGGCACCUGGAGUAAGGAGAGUUCACACAUCUCAGCUCGCUGCCCUCUCAGACAGGACAAGGAUCUACUGGACUAUGAGGUGGACAGUGAUGAAGAAUGGGAGGAGGAGGAACCAGGAGAGUCCCUGUCACAUAGUGAAGGGGAAGAUGAGGAGGAAGGAGGAGGUGACGACGAUGAUGACGACGGCUUCUUUGUUCCUCAUGGCUACCUUUCAGAUGAUGAGGGAGCGCCGGAAGAAGAGGAGGGUGGCGACCUUGAGAAGCAGAAAUUACGACAGACACUGAAAGCGAGGGAGUGGGAUGAGCUGAUGUCCAGCAAGAAGAAGAUGAAGGUGCUGGAGCCGGUCGUGAGGGGCUGCGUUUGGGAGGGAGAAGGAGCUGGUUUGCAGCUCCUCCAGCCUUAUGCGAGGUGUCUCGUCGAGCCCUUACCUAAGACAGACAAUAGCCCGAAACCUGAGGAGAUCUCACAGAGGACUGAGAGAGAAGCACAAUUACUCAAUCAGCUUCUGCCUCUGCUGCAUGGAAAUAUCAACAGCAGUAAAGUGAUCAUCAGUGAAUUUCAGGAGUGUUGUCGUCAGCAGAUUUCUUCCUCCACCUCCUCAUCUCCUCCUGUUCUGUCCAGCCCCCAGAGCCCAGCAGAAAACAUCCCCACCAGAAUACAAGUGAAGCGCCUCAUCAAGAAAAACGCCAUGUAUGAGAAGCGCUCCAUCUACAGACGCUGCUGCUGGUACGUGCACCCAGAAGUCCUGUCACGUUUAGGCCAGGAGGCUCUGCCUGUGCCCUGCCAGUGGACCUACCUCACCCCAGGAGCCCGAGAAGAGACCCGUGAAGAACCCCAGGCAGCUACGGGCUCUCAGGGAAGCUCUCCCACUACACCCCAAACCUCCUCCACCACGCCUUCAUCCUCCAACAAGAGGAAGAGCACAGGCAGCAUGUCAAUCACCAAGUUCAUGAAGCGAUGUACUGACACCGAGCGGACGGAAGCAAUGGAGGCAGACGGUUUUCAGGCUGACACUGAGGAUGAUGACGAGGAUGACUGUGUUGUUGUUUCUUCACUGAGUGGCCCGCCCAGAGAGAAGUCCUCCAAUGACGGAAACUGUCUGAUGGAAGUCACUCCCUCUGACACAGCGUCUCUCCCCGUGGCCAGCGCUGCUCCUACUCUCACCACCGCCUGAGGACAGGUUUGUCUCUCUCCUCUAACCGAGCAACCCAGAGUCGCUCUAAAUCUUGCUGUCUGAUUCUGAACUCUGCCGUGUCCAAGACUCUGAAUCUGAUCUUAAUGCAAGACGAAGCAUCGCACUCUGGUACUGACGACUCACAGCGGAUGCAAGCUGCUCAGUAUUUCGGGUUAUAACACCUAUUUUUUUCUCAAAGGAGUCUGGAGGCAAACUUGCCUUUUUGAUGUAGUUGUUCAUAAAUGAGUGUUUUACUUGAUUCUUAAGGGCAGGUUUGUUCAGUGGCUUCUAAGUGUCCUGAGUUUUGCAUUGAAGUUUCAGUCUGUCAUGUUUGACAGGGGUCACUAUAACGUGGUAAAUGAGGCGUCUCUAUAACGUCAUUAGCUGCAGCAGAUUGAGUUUAAUAGAAGAAGGAGGAGCAGAAUAAAACAACCCAAUUUUCUUAUAAGGCAUCCAAGAGAUUAAAACAGCAUUAUUUAGGGUUUCUGAUUCUUGAUAUUCAUGACAUCAUGAUGUUAUUAAAUUGUUUCAUGUAUAACUGUAUAUACGAUGCCAGAAAUAAGAGUUGAAAUGGAGAGGCUAAAAGUCCAUCUGUACAUUUCCCAUUGGGUGCAUUUACUCUGCAUUUUCUAAUUCUGAAGACUCAUGGGAGUAGUUGCUAGACCUGUACUUGUACAGUUAAGCCCAGCGCCACAAUGUUUUAUAAAUAUGUAUUUUCUGUAUUUUUUGAAGAAUACUUGAACAGGAUAAAUUCAUUAAACAUGAAUAAAAGUACUGCACUUUUAUAUUCAAUUCUUUCUUGACACUCAAUCUGGGCAGUGUUUUGGAGUGCCACUGGACUGAUCCUUCAGAAGCAUGCUCAUAUUCUUCAGCAGGAUCUGUACUGGUGGUUGGGAAUUGUCCAUUUGAAUGCAUGGCAUAUAAUACAGGCAUUUGUCUCUUACCAAAGUAUUAAACUCUCAAAGUAAAUUGAUUUUUUUUGCCAGAAAUUAAAUAAAGGGACUGCUUUGUGCUACA